AUGAAUCAAGAAGCGUUACAAAAAGUCCUUAUGGAAAUGGAUAAUCAGCUCAAUAAGUCUAGAGCAGAGUUGUCGAUGGUCAGUUUACAGCUAGACAGAGUGCACACAAACUUAAAUGUGAUAGAAUCAACUACUUCUAGGCUAAAUAAUUUAAACAAGCCAGAAGAUGUGGUAUGGCAAGGUGUGGGAAAGGCCUUUUUGGCUAAAAAGACAGAUUCGUAUCUCAAAGAAUCGGAGACAGACAAGAAGGAAUUCGAGGAUACAGAAAGAAGUUUGAAGAUUAAACAAAACUAUUUAAAUACCACACUCGAAAAGACUAUUGAUAGUAUGACAAAGAUUGUUGGUGACAAAAAAUAA